GUAACACAACAGAAAUAUUUCCGAAGGCACGUACAAAAGGUUGCAUGAAGCGCUUGCAUAAGCCUGCAGACAACGACGAUCCACGCCACUUCAAAUUGGUUGGUGAACACAUGCACGCCGGUGACGCUCGCAAACUCAACAAGAAAAAAGCGAUGACAAAGCUGAAGGAUCUGGCCACAAACUCAAAAGACCCGAUACGCGAAGUGAUUUCGAAGAGCAUUGCCAAUACGUCGAAAGCAACAAAAGCAAAACUGCCCAGCGAAAAAGUGAUGGCAAAAAUGAUCAGUCGUUAUCGUCGAAAGCCUGGUAUGCCGAAGAAUGCUCACACGUUGUCCGAAUUGGUUUUGGAAGGCGAAUAUCGCGAAACAGCGACCAAACAACCGUUCCUGCUCUACGAUUCGUUUGAAAUGAUGGAAGGUGAAGAAAUCGAUGAGUACACCCGCGACCGAACAUUGUUUUUCACAACAAAAGAAAAUCUGAAGUUUUUGUCAUUAUGCGAUGAAUACUUCAUGGAUGGAACAUUCACCGUAACGCCGCCAUUGUUCAGCCAAUUCUAUACGAUUCAUGGUCGCUACAAAGGUUGGCAUGUCCCUCUGGUUUAUAUGCUCUUGACAAAUAAGAAGCAAGAGACAUAUGAAGAUGCUCUGAAGGUGUUGUGUGAAUUGGAACCGACACUGAAUCCAACCGACUUCAUGAUCGAUUUCGAAAUGGGAGCAAUCAACGCGAUUCGAGCCAAUUUCCCCGAGUCGGAAAUUCAUGGGUGCCAUUUCCACUUCACUCAGAAUAUAUGGCGCCAUAUUCAACUGGUUGGUUUGCAAAAAGCAUACAAUGAAGAUGACGAUGUCGCCCUAAAUCUUCGCCACCUCAUCGCUUUGGCAUUUGUACCCGAACACAGUGUUGAGGCUGCAUAUGAAGAGUUAAUUGAGACAGAAUUCUUCAAAGCUGGCGAUCCAAAGAUCGACGAACUGUUGGAUUAUUUUCAAGCAACAUACAUUUAUGCAUUCGAUCGAAAGGGAGGAAAGAAAGCGCCGUUGUUUGAAAUCAAGCUUUGGAAUGUCUACGAAACAGUUCUCUCUGGAUUCCCUCGCACGAACAACCACAUUGAAGGAUGGCACAACAAGGUGAACCGUAUGUGGGGCGCACAUCCGAACAUUUUCACAUUCAUCGACCAGUUGAAGAAGGAACAAGAUAUGACCGAAAUGGCGAUUGCGCAAGUCGAAGGAGGGAAGGAACCAGGUGCACGUCGCACAAAAUACGAAAAUGAGGACCAAAAACUCAUCAAGCUGGUCAAGAAAUUUGAUCAAGACAUUCAUGAUGGAUCGUUCAUGCCAUAUUUGCUCUCAAUCGCUCAUAACAACCGCUACUGAGUUACAACACAAAUUUGAAACAAAAUUGUUCAAGACAUUCAUGACGUCGAUUCAUGUCAUAUUUUCUCUAUCGCUCAUAACAGGGGAUUUUUAAGUUCAUUAUAAAUCAUAACUGAAACAAAAGCAAACAUAACAUUGACAAAAGUCAUAAGAUCGCACA